CCAUGUUGUUUGCGUUGCUUAGAGAAUUCAAACAAAAAGUUGUUUAUAAAUUUAUAUCAUGCAGCUUGUAACGUUUUAUUGAUCUACGAGGGCUAUUUGUCAUGCAAUUGAUAAUAAAUGGCAUUUAUACUUGAAUGAGUAUUUAAAAAACGGAUUCUAUCAUACAGAACUUGAGAUUUCUAUUAUGCAAGCGCCACAGAGAAGGGGGAAAACGGUAGUUGAUAAAGAUGAAAUUCACUCGAUAAGAAACGGCAAAGACGGGCCAAAGAGGACAGGCUUCGCCGCAUGGGAAGGCGUCCUUUCAUCCACGAGUCCAAUCAACCGUGGACGAAGCUUUGAAAAUUUAGCAAACAACUGGCGAAGUUCAUCUCGAAAAGAUGUUUACGAAAGUGACAGUGAAGAUGAGUUGGAUGGACGACGGUCAUUGGCGUUGAAUAGAUCGUCCAUGUCCGUUGGUUUAAACAAGUCCUUUCCUUGGGGUAAUAAAAGCGAGAUGAAUAUACCAGAAAGGGAACCAACACGAUCUCCAAGCCCACUUCGUUCCUACUCAAAAUUUGAUCAAAGUUAUAAUGAUUUCCUCAAAUCGAGCAGAUUAGUCCACAAUGCUUCCAAUUCGGAUCAAUCUGCAAUGUCUGAACUACUCGUUGAAAAAAUCAAAAGUGGGCAUUAUGUUGACUUUGCUAGUUUUCUGCCGCAUAAUAUUCUAGAGUAUACAGCUUGGGAUAACAAACAUGUUUCUCGGACGGUUGACGGAUCUUCUGUGCCCAAAGUAACCGAGUUUGCCGAAUGGGUACAAUGCAUGAUGGUGUACAUUUCGAUUUUAUCUCAAGAGUAUCCUGAGCGAAUGCUGGACUUACUGGGUUAUGUCACGAAUAUUGCCAUGUUGUAUCAAGAAUGUGACGAGAAAGGGGCGUGGUUAAGGUACGACAAAGCAUUUAGAAGAAAGGCAUCGUUAAGGAGGCUAACGACUUGGUCUAAAUGGGAUAAGGAGUUAUGGGUGCUAGCCUCGUCAAGCGAAGCCAGACGUAAUAUCACUUGCAAGUCCUGCCUCACAUCCAUGCACGACGACAAGAGCUGUCCGUUCUCCCCUCAAGCUGUGGAGUUUGACCAACUUAGAAAGAGUCAAGAAGUUGAAAGGAAAGAACCUUUAAGUCCUAAACAGUCCAUCAGCAAUACAAGACUUAGUCAAAGAAUACCUAAGGAGACUUUGGAACUAAAAUUUGCAUUUGGUUACCAUGGUUAUGAUGCGUGCAAUAAUGUAUUUUACACCGCAUCGGAUGAGAUCGUAUUCCAUACUGCGGCAUUAGGGAUUUGUUACAAUCGCAAGACGCACGAGCAACGUUUCUACAAAGGUCAUACAGAUGAUAUACUCUGUCUCACUGUCCAUGAUGAUAAAGAUUAUGUUGCAACAGGACAGGUUGGCAAGACUCCCGAAACUCAUGUCUGGGACACAAAGACGAUGAGCACUGUCUCUGUUUUGAAAGGUUUUCACAGAAGAGGUGUCAUAUGCGUUGACUUCUCAGGUGAUGGUAAGAAGCUAGCUGAUAUAGGGCUGGAUGACGACCAUUGUAUCUGCAUCUGGGACUGGAGGAAGGCGGAAAAACUGGCCACAACCCGCGGUCACAAAGAUAAGAUUUACGUUCUGGAAUGGAAUCCUUUUAAUAACAACUACCUUGUGACUGUUGGAGAGAAACACAUCAAGUUCUGGACACAUAAUGGCUCUAAGAUUGAGAAGCGUCCAGUGACGUAUGGCAAAGCAGGACAAGUCUCCUCCAUGCUCUGUGUAUGUCACAGUCCCCACGAUGAUCUCUGUUUUGCUGGAGCGGAUAACGGCGAGAUCUACGUCUGGCAGGGAACAACGUUACGACGGACUAUCAAAGGCCACAAAGGAGCUGUCUAUGCGAUGUAUGCUCUAAGAAACACAGCCAAAGAGGGUUUCGUUACAGGAGGCAAGGAUGGGGUUGUAGUGAUUUGGGAUAUGUUCUUUGAACAUUGUUUGAAAGCGUUCAGAGUCGAGCGUACCGUCAUGAACUAUGGUUCUAUUCUACUCGAUGACUGUCCACCAAUACGAUCUAUACAUACGAAUGCAACGAGAAUUUUGAUUGGCACUGGAAAUGACGAGGUGAUUGAAAUCGAGGAAGAUGGAAAAAUGACUAUCAUUGUUCAGGGUCACGGUGAGGGCGAAGUCUGGGGCCUAGCUGUACAUCCUUAUAAGGAAGAAUGCGUGACCGUUAGCGACGAUAAAACACUUAGGGUCUGGGACCUGAAGAACGUACGACUCAAGCAAGUGAAGAAACUGAAGCGAGGCUCGCGUUGUGUGGCUUACUCGCCCGGCAGCGAUACCAUGGCUGUCGGUCACAAUGAUGGAAGCUUGACUAUCUUUGAUGCCCAGACAUUGACACCUAUUGUCAACUUCAAAGACAGAAAAGAAGAAAUCUCGGAUGUUAAAUUUUCACCGGAUGGGAAAUUCCUGGCGGUCGCUUCACAUGAUAACUUCGUGGAUAUCUACAGCGUGAAGCGAGGGAGGCGCGUGGGUUUGUGCAAAGGACACUCCAGUUAUAUAACGCACGUUGAUUGGGAUGUUAAAGGUAAACUGCUGCUGACCAACUCUGGUGCCCGCGAGUAUCUCCUCUUCGAGGCUCCCAAAGCGAUGAGAAAGACUAUGAACGAUACAGCGUUAAUGAGAGUCGAGUGGGAGACUGUUACCGGUGUCCUGGGUCCGAACUUGAGGGGAAUUUUUCCGCCAGCUACUGACGUCACCGAUGUGAACGCGUCAUGUCGGAGCAAGGAUCAACGCGUUUUGGCGACUGGGGAUGACUUUGGUCACGUGAAACUGUUCAACUACCCCGUCGCGGUUAAUGCAGCCAAAUUUCGACAAUUUAAUGGCCAUUCCUCGCACGUGACGAACGUUCGUUGGACGAGCGAUGACAAGAUGUUGGUGACAACAGGAGGAAUGGAUACUAGUGUUCUGGUAUGGGAGAGACGGCGUGCGGAACGUGGGGAAACGGAGGAGGAUAAUGCCGCUGAGCCCGUCCUUGUGCAACCGAAGUUUAUCCCAACUGGGCCAAUAAAGAACCCAGUGGCUCGAGGGAAACCUCAGCUGUAGUCCUGGCAUCCAGGCAAAUCGCGGUAUAGAUUAUAACUCUGAAAGUAUCAUCAGCUGUUUUGAAUAGCAAUUUAAACCGGGAUGGUUUUAUGGUUUUAAAAAGAUGCAAGGAAUGUGCUUUUUAUCUGUACGUUCGCCUGUACGCAUUGCCACAAUGGCUCAAAACGACAUACGUAACUCACAUCAGCAAACCCGUUUAAGAAAUAUCGUAAAAAUCAUAUGAAUGUAAUAUAAGGAAAUGUGGGGGAAGAUAUUUAUGUAAAAUAAUACAUUUAAAGGCCGAUCUACACGAUGCGAUUAGUCGUACAUGAUUUAUAUACUGUUGAAUAAAUGCGUGUAAUGAUGUCACAUUUUAAACUUCGUUACAAACUGAUGAACUGAACUGAGAGAGUCGUCAGUGGCAGCAAUCUUUUUCAUACGCC